CACACGCUGGGUGAGGUCAGGGAGCUGUCCACGUGCUCCGCCCUCCUCUCCCGGCCAUUGGCUGCUGACGUCAGCGGUGGCUGUGCUCCGGAGGAGAGGCAGAUCGGAGCACUGUAUUGUGGGGGUCAGAGAGUGGACGAGACCCCUCCGGAUCCGCCUACUGUGACGACUGCGGCAGAGCAGCAUGGAGGACGGAAAGUCUGUGUGGGCGCCACACCCAACUGAUGGCUUUCAAUUGGGAAAUAUUGUGGAUAUUGGACCAGAUUCUUUAACUAUUGAACCUCUGCAUCAAAAAGGAAAGACAUUUUUGGCAGCUAUAAAUCAAGUGUUUCCUGCAGAAGAGGACACUACAAAACAUGUUGAAGAUAACUGUUCUUUGAUGUAUCUUAAUGAAGCUACACUCCUCCAUAACAUUAAAGUUCGGUAUAGUAAAGAUAAAAUAUAUACUUAUGUGGCCAACAUUUUAAUUGCGAUAAAUCCAUAUUUUGAUGUUCCAAAACUUUAUACUUCUGAUAUCAUUAAACAAUACCAUGGUAAAUCACUAGGAACUUUGCCACCACAUGUCUAUGCAAUAGCCGAUAAGGCCUUCCGAGACAUGAAGGUUUUAAAGAUGAGCCAAUCAAUCAUCGUGUCUGGAGAAUCGGGAGCCGGCAAGACAGAAAAUACUAAGUUUGUUCUGAGGUACCUGACUGAAUCUUAUGGGUCUGGGCAAGAUAUUGAUGAGAGAAUUGUAGAAGCUAAUCCCCUGUUGGAGGCCUUUGGCAAUGCAAAAACGGUGCGGAAUAACAACAGCAGCCGUUUUGGAAAAUUUGUAGAAAUACACUUCAAUGAAAAGCAUUCUGUAGUUGGAGGAUUUGUAUCUCACUACCUCUUGGAGAAGUCACGUAUAUGUGUGCAAGGACAAGAUGAAAGAAACUACCAUAUUUUCUACAGGUUGUGUGCCGGUGCACCGGAGGAAAUUCGCCAGAAACUUUUCUUGAAUUCCCCUGAUAGUUUUAGGUAUUUGAAUCGAGGCUGUACCAGGUAUUUUGCUUCCAAGGAGACUGAUAAACAGAUUUUACAGAACCGUAAGAGUCCUGAGGAAGAUGAGUACCUCAAACAUGGCUCCCUAAAGGAUCCCCUCUUAGAUGAUCAUGGAGAUUUUAAUCGAAUGGUUGGAGCUAUGAAAAAGAUUGGCUUGGAUGACACAGAGAAGCUUGAUCUUUUCCGAGUGGUUGCUGGCGUCCUGCACCUUGGAAAUAUUGAUUUUGAAGAAGCUGGGAGCACCUCUGGUGGCUGCACAUUAAAGAACCAAUCUAGCAAGACCUUAGAAUGUUGUUCAAAGCUGCUGGGUCUGGACGAAGAUGAUCUACGAGUGAGCCUCACCACACGGGUCAUGCUUACAACAGCAGGGGGCGCCAAAGGCACAGUUAUCAAGGUGCCUCUGAAAGUAGAGCAGGCAAAUAAUGCCCGUGAUGCUCUGGCAAAGGCAGUGUACAGCCGACUUUUUGAUCACGUGGUUAACCGGGUAAACCAAUGCUUUCCGUUUGAGAGGUCCUCUUUCUUCAUUGGAGUUUUAGAUAUUGCUGGUUUUGAAUACUUCGAACACAACAGUUUUGAACAGUUUUGCAUCAACUACUGUAAUGAGAAGCUGCAGCAGUUCUUCAAUGAAAGGAUCCUCAAAGAGGAACAGGAAUUAUACCAGCGCGAAGGCCUUGGUGUCAAUGAAGUGCACUAUGUGGAUAACCAGGACUGUAUAGAUCUUAUUGAAUCUAAACCAGUUGGCAUCCUUGAUAUCCUGGAUGAGGAGAAUAGGUUGCCCCAGUCUAGUGACCAACAUUUUACAAGUGUUAUUCACCAAAAGCACAAAGACCACUUUCGACUUACUAUCCCCAGAAAAUCCAAGCUCACUGUUCACCGAAAUGUGCGAGACGAUGAGGGUUUUAUCAUCCGGCAUUUUGCAGGAGCCGUUUGCUAUGAAACCACAAAGUUUGUGGAAAAGAAUAAUGAUGCCCUGCAUAUGUCACUUGAGUGCCUCAUCUGUGAGUCCAAAGAUAAAUUUGUGCGGGAUUUGUUCGAAUCGGCCAAUAAUAACAAGGACUCCAAGCAGAAGACUGGGAAACUCAGCUUCAUCAGUGUGGGGAACAAGUUCAAGACCCAGUUAAAUCUUCUGCUUGAAAAACUCAGAAGCACGGGAUCUAGCUUCAUCCGUUGCAUCAAGCCCAAUUUAAAAAUGACAAGUCAUCAGUUUGAAGGAGCACAAAUUUUAUCUCAGCUUCAGUGUUCAGGAAUGGUAUCUGUCCUAGAUCUCAUGCAGGGAGGCUUCCCAUCUCGAGCUUCAUUCCAUGAACUUUAUAACAUGUACAAAAAGUAUAUGCCUGCCAAGUUAUCUCGUCUGGACCCCAGACUUUUCUGCAAGGCUCUGUUCAAAGCCUUGGGCUUAAAUGAAAAUGAUUACAAAUUUGGGUUAACUAAGGUGUUUUUCAGGCCUGGCAAGUUUGCUGAGUUUGAUCAGAUUAUGAAGUCUGAUCCAGAUCAUUUAGCCGAACUGGUAAAACGUGUCAAUCAUUGGCUUGUCUGUAGUCGCUGGAAGAAGGUCCAGUGGUGUGCACUUUCAGUCAUAAAAUUGAAAAACAAGAUUAUGUACCGAGCUUCUGCCUGCAUUAAAAUGCAAAAGACAAUUCGGAUGUGGCUCUGCAGAAAGAAACACAAACCACGAAUUGAUGGUAUAAUGAAGGUGAAGACACUCAAAUCUAGGCAGGACAAAUUCAAUGAAGUUGUUAAUGCGCUGAAGGAAGGUAAACCGGAGAUGAGCAAACAGGUGAAGGAGCUGGAGCUGUCCAUCGAUGCUCUUCUGUCUAAGAUAAAGAAUACAAUAAUGUCUCGUGAACAGAUAGAGAAAGAAUAUGAUGUACUUGUCAAGAGUUCAGGUCAGCUCCUUAAUGCUCUACAAAAGAGGAAGAAAGAGGAAGAGGAGGCUGAACGGUUGCGUCGCAUUCAGGAGGAGAUGGAAAGAGAGCGGAAGAGAUGUGAAGCCGUAGAACAACUCCGGAGGAAAGAGGAAAACGACAGGAGGCUAAAAGCCGAGAUUGAGGUAAAGCGAAAACAAGAAGAGGAAGACCGGAAAAAGAGAGAAGAGGAAGAAAGAAGAAUUCAGCUCGAGGUGGAGAUGCAGAUGGUGAGAGAACGAGAGGAGCAGUCACAACAGCAGACUAUACUUGAACAAGAGCGAAGAGAUCGGGAGCUUGCCAUGAGAAUUGCCCAGAGUGAGGCAGAGCUUAUCAAUGAGGAAUUUAGUCCCGACUCUUCGUUACGCAGCAUAAAAACAGACCUCAUUCAGCCAUCUGCAGCUCAUGCCAAGGCUGGUGAAGGAAAAGGCAACAUGACAAUGGGGGUGCAAGUUCAAGCUACAAAAUCUGCUGCUACUGUCAAAAAGAAUGACUUAAGUAAAUGGAAAUAUGCGGAACUGAGAGAUGCAAUCAAUACUUCAUGUGACAUUGAGCUUCUGGCAGCAUGCAGAGAGGAGUUUCACAGACGGCUCAAAGUUUAUCACGCCUGGAAAUCCAAGAACAAGAAGCGCAAUGCGGAGACUGAACAGCGAGCUCCAAAGUCGAUUACAGACUAUGAUUUUGCUCCAUUUAUGAACAACAACCCCCAACAGAAUCCAGUUGUACAGCUGCCUGCCAGGCAACAGGAGAUUGAAGUAAACAGACAACAACGUUACUUCCGUAUUCCAUUUAUUCGUCCUGCUGACCAGUACAAGGAGCCUCAGAACAAGAAGAAGGGCUGGUGGUAUGCACACUUUGAUGGCACAUGGAUUGCUCGUCAGAUGGAACUGCACCCAGACAAACCUCCCAUCCUAUUAGUUGCAGGCAAAGAUGACAUGGAAAUGUGUGAACUGAACCUUGAAGAAACUGGAUUAACAAGAAAACGGGGAGCAGAAAUUCUUCCUAGACAAUUUGAAGAGAUUUGGGAGCGUUGUGGUGGUAUCCAGUACUUGAGUAACGCUAUUGAAAGCAGACAAGCUCGGCCAACCUAUGCCACAGCAAUGCUGCAAAACCUACUGAAGUAGCUGGCUAAUGAAUGAAUUGUUGCACUAAGAGAUUAGUACAUAUGGGUUUAUGUAAAGGGAAGUAACCUCUGCAAGAGGAACUAGACAUUCCAUAAUAAUAGAGAAGUUUUAAUAUAAAGCAGACAGGUUUUAAUAAUUGCAGAGAUUUCUUAAUUCAUACUUUUUGAUGUUUUGAUCUAGUAGCACAAUAGAGUUGUUGUCUGUGGCCCUAGUAGGCUAUUUUUUAGGAGUUUUUUAAAAUUUUAUUUAUCACGCUUCUUGAGGCCUUGACUUUUAAUUUGUUUCUUCUGCACCAUCUUGGAGUCAAAUAUGGCAAUAUUUUCCAAGCAGGAGGUAGCCAUGAAGCACAGUCUGCCUUACUUUUUUGAGGUUUCAUUUACCUUCAUGGCUUUUCUUUUUUUUUUUUUUCAAUACUGCAGAAACCUUUAGAACAUCACAAACAUUUUCUUAAAGAUGAACUUCAUGUAAAAAUUAAAAAUCUGUUAACAGACUUGCUGUUUAUUGCAGAAGAGACCUAUGUCUCUUCUGCAAUAAAGUCUGUUCACAAUCUUAUUGAUAAUGUACAUUGACCUGCGCAUGCACAGCAUCUGCUGGGAUGAUAUAUGCACACGCGCAGGGGUUACAUCAUCCCGGAGUGGCAAGUUAAAAUUGCUGAAAAUCUCAAACCCAUGAGAAGAUGCAGGCAGCGCAUCCCUGAAGGGGAGGUGAGUAUAGUAACACUUUGGUCAAGAGAACCUUUUUCACAGCUUUGACUUGAGUAGACCUGCACAGAGAGAAAUAUGGGGUUGUACUUUUUUUUUUAAAUGCUAAAUGGCUACCAUGCUAAUCUAGUGCUUCCAGUACUUUCAGAGCCACUGACCCCGAACAUUUACAUAUAUAAGCAGUUCUGGCUCUACUGGCUGCAUGUUUGUUGAAUGUCAUUGACUCAGAAAGCACUGAAGUGAGUGUAUCUGCAUAAUUGCCUGUCAUUUGGCAUUUUCAAAAUAAGUUUAGUAGUAGCAUCUUGAGCACAGGUUUCCUUUAAAGUGUAGUUUCUUUAUAAGCUGUGCACCGGUAUUCCUUUGCUACAGAAUUCAUACACUAUACAUUUACAGAAGCUUACAAUAUGUAAUAUGAUUUUUAUGUAACAAUUUAAGAUGGGCUAAAACUGAUUUUAGAGUUGUAAUUUAAGAAAAGUAACCUAGCAAUCUGAUAGAGGUUAUAUUUUUGUCAAAACAGAAUUCAAGGAGAAGAUGCUUUUUUUUUUUUGUUUAGGUUUGAUACCUUUAUAUGCAUGUGUACAUGUAUUUCUUUUAUUGCACUGAGAUUUAUGUUUGGCUUAACCACUUAAAAAAAAAUGAUUGGCUUUUGACAUGUGCAAAGGUUUUAACACAAUUAUUGCUGACCCCUUGUACUGCAGAUGCAGAGACCCAUAUUUUUCUAAUAUACAUCGUUGCCAUUCUGUCUAGUCAUUAAACUGACAUACGCAUGUUAAUUUACUAAAGGUAGAAAAACUAUUAAUUUUGCAACAGAAGUGCCACUUUGCAAAUGGUUUUUCCCUCCGCUUAGUGAAUGGGGUGAGAUUUUAUUAGUAAAGAACAACCAAUCAUGUGCAAGGAAAAUAAAACACAUUUUUGCUCGCACAUGAUUGGGUGAUGGAAGUCAGCAGGGCGUCACCUCAUUCACUAAACUCUGGAGGAAAUUCCCUUUCCAAGUGCAAUUUGCCUUGUAAAGUGAACAGUCUAUUUGCCUUUAGUAAGUUAGCACCCCAUUGUAUGAUUUUUCAGGCUGUUAUAGAUUUCUUACUUUGAGACCAGUUAUCCUCAAACUAUGAGAACCUUGUCGUGUCCACAGCUAAUGACCAUGUUGUGACUCUUGUUAUUUAUAAUUGUCUUCAUUAUUUUGAUGUCCUCUCCGUUAAUACGAAUAAAAUCAUUUGGUUGUGACUUGAAUCUGA